ACCAUCUUUGGUAGGGAGAGACCAAUGAAAAUGGCGGCGACAGGUUCCGCCAGAUCCACUAGUGGAUUGGGUCACAAAUGCAAAACCAGGCCCGCAGAUAUGCUGAAAACUCGGACACCUUCACAGCUGCUGACCCUGGAGGAGGCAAGGUGUCCGGUUUGUUCGGAGAUUUUAUUAGAGCCCGUAACUAUGCCAUGUAGCCACUCGGUGUGUCUGCACUGUUUCAAGCGGACAGUGGAAUUUACCAGUUUGUGCUGUCCCCUCUGCCGGCUGCGAGUAUCCAGCUGGGCCCGUAAACAGUCCCGGGAGAAAAGCCUAGUUAACAUCGAACUCUGGGAAAUGGUUAGAAAGAGUUAUCCACAACGAUGCAAGAGGAGAAUGGAGCAGAGAGACUGUGAGACUGGUGGAGAAGAGAUUUUCCGCACGCCUGCUCAGGUAUCAGGAGAGAUCCGACUGGAGUAUGGAAAGCAAAAAGUAAAGGUACCAAUGAAUGAAGAGAAAGAAGAGGGGAGGAGGAAAGUCCUCCACCACAGAGAGGGAUGUGGAACUCUCAAGCGCUUUCAAGAUCCUUUCUAUGGGUUGCUGUCAGACUCGGAGAAUGAAGAACCCAUUGGGAAGAGAACCAGAAAUGUUUCUGCGUUUGUUAGAAGAACAAAGAUCUCAGCAGGUCUACAGACCAAUGUGGUGCAGAGAAGCCAGAGCUGUACUGAUACAGAGGAGGGAAGGCGAAAAAUAAGGUUGUCUACUCAUCUUCCUGGACUGGACAAGGCAAGUAUUGCUCACAGCUACAAUGCAGGAAUCCUUCUGUCCUCUGAGAACAGCCGAUCUCUUUCGGCACCCAUCAUUGUCCAAGACAAGAGGCAUAGCUGGCGAGGUGUCAUCAUGGCAUCAUCAACACCUUUUAUGGUCCCCCAGUCGAAACAGGAGAGGUCCAUUAGCCCUGAGAGCAAUGACAGUAUCUCUGAGGAGCUGAAUCACUUCAAGCCAAUAGUGUGCUCGCCGUGCACCCCACCAAAGCGACUACCUGACGGCCGAGUGAUGGAACCCACAAUUGUGAAGUCCACCCCCCGGAACUUAUUCCGCAGCCUGCAGAGGCUCACCAGCUAUGAAGCCAGCCCUACAAUCCUCCAGAAAUGGAAGCAGAUCGAGGUGGACCGUCAGUCUGUCAAAGUGACCUCGAAGGGCACCUUGACCAGCCCCAUGAACGAGGACCUUGUCUUCAAACCAAGCCCCAUAGAGGAGAAGCACGGCAAGCCCUGUAGCUGCGCUCCAGCAGCAAAUAAGGGAAAAGAACACUUGGGUAUGUGUGCCAAGACUGAUUCCUCUGGGCAAGAGAAUGAAAGAACUUGCAUACAUAAUAAACGAAGACUGAUAUUUGACCAGGCCAUUGGAGAGACCACCUUCCAUCAAAAACAAUUCACAAAGUUUCAUACUCCAUUUGUAGCUUUAACCAGUGAGGAGACUGUAAAAGAAUGUGGGGUUUCUUCUGAGUCUGUGGUGGUACCUGAAUCACAUUGUGGACCAACUUCAAUUCAUCAAAAUCUGACAUUAGUCCCACAUGAUAUGAAUGCCAGUGUAAGGAGUUGCAAACUUAAAUCAAAGGACUCACAGGAUCAGAGGAAAGAGUUGGACAAUAGAAACUGUGCCCAGAACCAACCUACCUCAAGGAGGGGCAAGAAGAGGAGCCAGAAGACCAAACACCUGGAGGAGACAGAGUCUGGACUCAAGAGGCCAAUAUCACAGAGCCAAGAUGGUUUCAAUAUAGAGUGUGCACAGACUGACCUGUACAUUCAACAGGUACAGCAAGAGAGAGAGGACAGAGAGCUAGCGUUGAAUCUUCAAAGACAGUUUGACAGGGAACAGCAACAAAUAGACAAGCAAAAGACCAGUCCUGACAAGUACUUUCUCCGGUCCUGCAUGUCCAGUGAAAACAUAAUCAAAUCCAAUCCACGCAGAUCAGGAAGAAUUUCCAAAAAUAAUUAGCACUUUAAUUGCAAUUAUUGAAUGGUUAUUCUUGUGCUUUUUUAAAUAAUUCAGUCAGCCAACUUCUUGCAUACAAUAACUAUACUGCAUUUGUUGCCCAGGUUCAAAAUGCAUUGCUUUUAAAGAUUAACUAAGCCCUAGGUAGCCUAUCUCAUAAAUUGUUAAUGUUCAUUUUGACGAAUUCCUAUUAGAUUUAGUUUCUACAAACAUGAUUUUGCUGAAACGUCAGGUACUAUCAUUAUUUAUUUUCUUCUCGUUUGCAAUUACUCAUGAACAUUUUUAAAUACACUACGUCAUAUAUUUCUGCAGUUAAUGCACUGUGAGAGAAAGCAAAUAAUUAUUCACAGUAUGAAGUUGUGUUGAGAUUCAUACUGUGCAGACACUUGAAAAUCUUUGUGUUCAGGCUCAUGUAUGAUUCUGAUUCUAGCUCAGCCAAGGAUGUGGACACAAGAUAUAGUAUUAUUACUUUGUCAAACCCUUCAUUCAGAUUCCCAUUAACCCGGUGGAGUAACACCUGGGUCGUAUUCCGUUUCCCAUGGGACCAUAGCUGUCCCCCAUUCUGAGAAUAUGGAGACGCCAACAGAAGUUUGGCUCAUCCUCUUAAACAUAGCGAUCAAUCGGAAAAUGAAAUGUUCUCAUGCUCAGGCAUUCAACAGUAUUUGUCAGGGGUUUCAGAAAUAGUAUGUUUUGUCCUAGGAUUGUGCUGUACUUCACAGAACGUUCAGCUAUAUCAUAUGUAGGAUUAGGAAAUUAUAAGGGAAUCAUGUAAUGUUUUAGGACAGCACACCUUCCUCCAGCGCCCAGCUCAGUGCCAGAUGCAAAUCACCAGUAAUUUCUAUGAUCAAAUUGAACUCAGACCUCAGCAGCUGAUUCAGUGUUAGUGUUGUACACAUUUGAAUAGUGAAAGCUGAUCCAAGAUCUGCACUGCCAUCCUAUUUAUUAUUUAAUGAUCCACAUUGUUCCUUUCUGCUGCAACGAUGCACUUAGCACCUCUACGUGGUGUUUUGGGAAACACUUGUUACAUCUUCGAGCAUUAGGAACGAUGCAUUGUUAAAACACUCGUAAAAUGUACCGUAUUUUCCGCACUAUAAGGCGCACCGGAGUAUAAGCCGCAGCAGCUAAAUUGAAUGAUGUGUACAUAUAUA